UCUCUCUCUUUCUAUCUCAAUACAGCAACUCUCUCACUUCCUUUCAAAGAACAAACAAAGUCAUUAAAUUACUCUCAAUCACUAACACGCCUUCUUCUUCCAUCCUCUCUCUCAAUUUCUUCUUCAAAAACAGUGACUAAACACCCAAAUGGUAAUCCUCUCAUCUCUUCUUCACCCUCAACUAGGUACCUUUCUCUCACAGCUUCUCCUCACAAAAACAAACUCAUCUCUCUCUGAACUCUUGCUCGCUGCCAGUGAAUGGUACCGUCGCAGCUCCACCGUGCGUCGCCGCACCUCACCACCGCCGUUUCUGCCUCCGUCCAGGCGCCGCGCUCCAAUCCAACACAAUAGCUUUGCAGGGGGACAGCGACUGGAAGGACGCGAGUGUAGAAAUGGACAGGCGACGUCCAAUCAGGAAGCAGCGCGCUCAACCGCCUCCCACACGAAUCGACGCCAACCUGGAAACCGCUUAUAGCCGGUUACAAACCCUCAACUACCCAUUCUACUCUCAUAUCCAAACCGUCUCUCCCAUUUCACUUCACAAACCUUUACCUCCAUUCCCCUCUCCCAGAAAUUUCCACCAUUCUCUCCACAAAAGCCAACACCCGUAUUACCACCAGAAAUUCACCGAAUUAAGCCAUGGGAAAGAAGAAAUGGGCGAAGAAAAUCACCAGCGAGAAACCUACUUCAAACCACAGGGAAGAAACCCCAGAAUCGCAGCCGACGAUGGAAGAGCAGCUACCGAACCCGCAACCACCGGAGCCGACUCCUCAGGCUCCGGCGAUGGUUUCUUUGAACGCACUGGCGGAGUUCCUCAAACAGCUGGACCCGAAUAGAGAUUGGGCGACUACGUUGGCAGGUUUCAGCCAAGUCGGGGGAAAAUCGAGCACAACCGGAGAAGCCCCGACAGAAACUGCAGCAUAACUGAUCGUGCAGCCCACAGUACAACUACCCACUUCCAUUCUGACUUCAUCAACAAUUGCGCCGGAAGGGGAACCUCCCUCGGCGACCGAAACCUCGGAAUCCGCCCAAACUCCCCAACGAAGCGACUCAAUGGAUGUUAACCCCAUCUCCGCCUACUACGAUUCUGACCCAGAGGAAAGGGAAGCGAGAAGAAGAAAGGAGGAACAGAGCCAGAUGGGAGGCGAUGAACCAGAGAAAACGCCGACAGCGGAGCCCAUUCCUCAAGAAAUAGUGGGGGAAGAGAUAGAUCUAAAUGAGACGACCAGAAAGCAGGGCCUAAUGACUGAUGAAGAAUUUCAGGCUCUCUGGAUGAGGUAAAUCGGACGGAAGCUGGUACCGCCACGAUGGCUGAGGGCCUAGACCUCACAUCAAGGGCAGUAGAAGAGGGUGGGAAGGACGAUGGAGAGAGCAACUCAGAAGGCCUAGCUGAACGGCCAGUAGUCGAAGUGGUGGGAGGCCAGACUAUAGAAGAAGGGACAGAGUCAACAACUCCCCAGACGGAGGUGGGGAAGAGUGAUGUGCAUAUUGAGGAGGAGGAAACAGUAGCAAGAACAGAGGUACCCGGACCAGUGGCACCGCCAGUGAUAAAACCUAAAGCUGUCAAGAGGAAGUUGGUGUUGAAGGGCGACCCUAGGGCAGAACAGCCGAAGCCGAAGAGGGUGUCGCAAAGAUGCUUAGGGAAGUGGGCAUCCAGUAAAGCAAAGGUAAACACGACGGCAGAUCUGGUGGAGAUUUUAAGUGAAGAGGAAGGGACCACUCCCACAAAACUUGGGGAGGGUUCCUUACCUGCUACUGAUUUGGAGGAUACUGCGGUGGCAACCGAAACGGUCUCCCAAACGCCGAGUGACCAGGGCGAAGAGACGACGCAGAUGGCUGAGGGGCCGGACCUCGCAUCUGCACCAGCCGGUCACGUCGAGCCGAGAAUUGAAGGUACUUGUAUCAGUAAUGAGACCCGACCCUCUGCCCCAGACCAGCCUUCAACACAUGCUGAGAAGGAACCAGAAGACGAGUGAUAUAGUGAUGAGGACAGACACCGUGUAGAGAGAAAACGGAAGGGGAAGGCCCCUAUGAAGAAGAAGCCCAGCAACAAGAAGCCACGUACAGUGAACACUGGCAUAGUCAUUACUGAGUCAGUUCAGCGAGCCCAGGAACACCGGAGGGAACAGAGUGAUAGCGAAUACGCUGUCAGUGAAGAGUCAGAAUCGGACAGUGACAUUUCCUUGGAGAAUGAGGAGUAUAGUGAGCAACAGUUCUGCACGAUCAUCGGGAGCUAGUACAUCCCCCGGUAGAGAGACUGAGGUACCGGCGCUGGACAGUGGACCUUACUGAUGAUCUGAUGGAGGAGAUGAAGUUAUUCGACUCUAAGGAGCUACAAAAGGUUUUUGAUAGCAAGGAUGAAGGGAGUAAGCAAGUGAAGAGAGGAAAGGUACUUCAUAUUCCUUCUUUAGAUGAGUUGGGUGCCCGUGAGCAGUUUCUCUCUUAUUUGCAUGCGUUAGGAUUCGAAUGGUUAUUGGAGAAUGGGAACCCGAAUAUCAGUGUUAGGCUAGCAAAGGAGUUCUUUACUACAUUCAGAUUUAGGGUCACCACAGAUUUGGACGAGGUUUCUAUUAGCUUUCGGUUGUUUGAAUGGGAGAUAAGUAUGAAUCUGAUUGAGUUGACAGUACGGUUGGGAAUGUGCAGUCUGGAGGAGGCGAUAGGAUCAGAGUGGCGGAACAGGGAACGGGGAAUUCCCCGUAGGCACGUAGGAUUCGAACCCCAGGAAGCGUGGGAGGAGUUAACUCACCCAGCCUCUGGGGAAUUUGCAUCCACUCUCUCUUGCUCCAUCCAUUCCAAUAACCCAAUCCAACGCCUAGUACAAUUCCAUUUGGACUUCAAUUUGCUGGGACAGUCAAACUCAGCUGUAAGAACAUCGAUGACAGAGUUAUACCUUCUCUGGUACGCCAAGCGCGGAAGGAAGUUACAUUUGGGUUUUUGGACCGCUUACCAAUGCCAUUUAAUUGCCACCCAUCCAGCGAGAAAUCUCACUCUCUGCCAUAUCUUGGGAGUGUUCGUUAGAAACAACAUCAUCAUCACAGAGGCUGAAGGCUUAUCCCCCCAAAUCAUGGUAGAUCCCCCUGGGUUGUUUGAUACCCCAUUCUUCGUCCGAACGAAUGCUGUUUACAUGAGGCAAGGAGUACCACAUUUUUACGCGAUGGGUGAGGAAGCUAUACCGACUGGGAGAACUACAGCAAGCCAGGGAACACAAGAUCAAGAACAGAGGCAGGAGAGAUUAGAGAAGGCAGUGGAAGAGUUGGCGAGCGGAAGGAAAGUUAGUACGAGAAGCCGGACCAAGUGGUCAUGGAGGCCGGGAUGAUGAAUCCAGGGAGCCCGAGACAGAAGAAGCAGAUCGGGAGGAAGAAGGUAACAGGGAACAAGAGGAAUCUGAGAAAGAACCAUCCGGAAACGAGGAAGAGGAUCUGGAGGAACCACCUGCACCAAUCCCUGCACCAAGGAGGAGCAAGAGGACAUGUGACCACCACACCCCCCUGACAACUCAGUUUUUCUUUCUUUCUUUUUCAAUUUUAGUGUUUCUAAUUUUGUGUCCUGUUUUUUUUAGGUAGUGUAGUGUGUAAACCCUAUUCAUAACACUUAGACUAUUCAAUAGUCUAAGUGUGAGAAGUACGGGGUUUACUAUUUUGGCGCAUGUGUUUUUGUUUAUGUGUUUUAUUUUUGAGUGCAUGUUAGCUCAUACUUAGCCUACUACGUAGCUUAAAUGUGAGGAGUUUUUGUA